GACAGACAGACAGACACAGACACUUCCUGGCCAAGAAAGGACUGGCCUUUGAACUUCACCGGCUCCUUUCUCACUCUCCCCUCCCCCUUCCCGACCAAUGGGAGCAGUAGCCCUGAAAAUCUUGGCCCCAGUCAGCCCCCACUUUCCAUCUUUGGCGUGCUAGUCCUCACCCUGCUGGGUUUACUGGUGGUGGCGACCUUCACGUGGAACUUGUUGGUCCUGGCCACCAUCCUCCGUGUGCGCACCUUCCAUCGGGUACCCCACAACCUGAUAGCCUCCAUGGCCAUCUCUGACGUGCUGGUGGCAGCCCUGCCCCUGAGUUUGAUGCACGAGCUGUCCGGGCGCCGCUGGAAGCUGGGCAGGCGUCUGUGUCAGUUGUGGAUUUCCUGCGACGUGCUGUGCUGCACUGCGAGCAUCUGGAACGUGACAGCCAUCGCCCUGGACCGAUACUGGUCUAUCACCCGUCACCUCGACUACUCUCUCCGGAUUCGCAAGUGCCUCUCCAAUGUCAUGAUCACCUUGACCUGGCUGCUCUCCGCAGUCAUCUCGUUGGCCCCUCUGCUCUUCGGCUGGGGGGAGACUUACUCCGCGGACAAGGAAGAGUGUCAGGUGAGCCGCGAACCCUCCUAUACCGUCUUCUCCACUGUGGGCGCCUUUUACCUUCCCCUCUGCGUGGUGCUCUUUGUUUAUUGGAAGAUCUACAAAGCUGCCAAGUUCCGCAUAGGCUCCGAGAAGACCAACAGCGUCACACCCGUGCCCGAAGCCGUGGAGGUAAAAGAAGUCCUCCACCAACCUCAGAUGAUAUUCACUGCUCAUCAUACUAUGGUAACCUUCCAGAAUGAUGGAGAGACGUGGAGAGAAAAAAAGGAGAAAAAGGCGGCUCUGAUGGUGGGCAUCCUUAUUGGUGUGUUUGUGUUUUGCUGGAUUCCAUUCUUCAUCACUGAGCUCAUCAGUCCUCUCAGUUCUUGCAAUAUUCCUCCCACCUGGAAGAGCAUAUUCUUGUGGCUUGGCUAUUCCAAUUCCUUUUUCAAUCCUCUAAUCUACACAGCUUUUAAUAAGAACUAUAAUAGUGCCUUCAAGACCUUUUUCUUUAGGCAGCGUUGAGAAAAAGGGAGACACAUGGGAAGAAAGGCUGACAGAACUUUUCAUACUUCUCUUACUCUACCUUUUAGUCACACUGAGGAGCCUUGAUUAUCAGAAGUCAAAAUUAUCUUGAAUUUCUAACAAAUUCCAGAGAGCUUUGCCUCAUAAAGUUCUGAGCUGCUGCAACUCUUCAAUGAUGGAGGAAUCUCAGAAAUGGAAAAAAGAAGCCUUCUCCCACAUGCAAGGGAGGUGGGGCAUGGCAGACUUCCCAUUAAGUGCUCUUUCCUUCCAGAGGCCCAUCCUAGAAUGAGAAUGAGAAAGCCAGUAAAAAUGGCUAACUGGGAUAGUUGUGGAUCAAGACACAAAUUUGUAUAUUUUCAUUGGCAAGAUCUUUAUCUACUUUCUUAUGGGAGAGAAGAAGCCCCCAAAAGUACAUCAAUCUUAGAAACAGAGGUGGCACUUUACAGUGAUCAGCCUAGGUGAAAGACAUUAAUUUUUUUUAAAUAACUUUUUAUUGAUAGAACCCAUGCCAGGGUAAUUUUUUACAGCAUUAUCCCUUGCAUUCACUUCUGUUCCGAUUUUUCCCCUCCCUCUUUCCCUCCCUCCCCCCCCCCCCCAGAUGGCAAGCAGUCCUUUACAUGUUGAAUAG